AUGGCUGCGCCGCGCCCGUCACGCCUGAGCACGUCGGCGGCGCGGGUGGCCUCGCGGCACCGCGACCCGACCUUCGAGAAGCUGAUGUCGCGGCUCCUCCUCCUCCUCCGCGCGACCUCCGUCGUCGACCUCGUCCUCGCCUCCCCCGACCGCUCCCUCCCUCUCCCGCUCCUCCUCCACCCCUCCUCCUCCCGCCGCCUCCGCCUCCCUCGCGGCGCCCCCCACUUCCUCCGCUCCCACCCCCACCUCUUCUCCCUCCGGAUCUUUCUUAGUUCUCCAGCUCACUCUUUUUGCUCAACCCAGGCCAUGGCUGCGCCGCGCUCGUCUCGCCUGAACACGGCGGUGGCGCGGGUGGCCUCGCGGCACCGCGACCCGACCUUCGAGAAGCUGAUGUCGCGGCUCCUCCUCCUUGUCCGCGCCACCUCCGUCGUCGACCUCGUCCUCGCCUCCCCCGACCGCUCCCUCCCUCUCCCCCACGCCGCCGACGCCGCCGCCGCCGAGUCCUCCGCCGCCGCCGCAUCGUCCUCCGGCGAUCUCCUCCGCCGCCUCCUCUCCAUCUCCCCCUCCCGUUCCCUCCCCCUCCGCGCCCUCUUCCGCUCGUGGCGCCCCCUCGGCCUCCCCGACGACUUCGAGGACUCCGUCCUCGCCGCCCACCCCUCCCUCUUCUCCCUCCUCCCCCACCCCCGCGAGCCCACCUCCCACCUCCUCUCCCUCCGCUCCCCCAACCCAAACCCUAACCCUAACCCUAACCCUAACCCCUCCUUCCUCCCCGCCGUCGAUCGCUGGCGCAACCAGCAGGACGACCCCGACCUCAAAUUCGCGUUCAAGCUAGGGUUCCCCCCCGGGAUGCGCCUCUCCAAGGACUACCGCGCCAAGCUCCGUUCCUGGCAGCGUCUCCCCUACCCCGGCCCCUACGACGCCGUCGACGAGGGCGGCGCGAGGAGGAGGAGGAGGAUGCGAUCGAGGGACGAGGCGAAGAGGAUGGAGAAGAGGGCGGUGGGGAUCGCGCACGAGUUCCUGAGCCUCACGGUGGAGAAGAUGGUGGAGGUGGAGACGUUUAGCCAGUUCCGGAAGUGGUUCGGGAUCGAGCUCAACGUCCGGGACUUGUUCCUGGACCAUCCCGGCAUCUUCUACCUCUCCGCCAAGGGGGCCCGCCACACCGUGUUCCUCCGCGAGGCCUACGACCGCGGCCGCCUCAUCGAGCCCAACCCCAUCUACGAGGCCAGGAUGAAGCUUCUCGAUCUCGCGCUCCUGAGGCGCCGAGGAAUCGAUAGCAGUGAUGCGGCACAAAGGAUGGUAUCGAGGGAUGAAGAUAACGACGACGACAACGAUGACGGCGAUGCCGACGACGAGGAGGAGCUUGUUCAAUGA